GUUUUCCUGCAAUCUUUUCCCUCGAAUCAAAUCCGAAAGAAAGAAGAAGAAAGGACAAAGAGAUCUCGCCCUACCGACCUCUUGAGGCGAUCAGCGCAGAGAAGCACUCCAAGCGCUGUCCCGUUUCUUCGCCACAAGGCUGGUAUGGCGAAUACUAAUGCAAACUCACAGCUGGGGGAACCCACACAACAGAGUGAAGAUUCUGUUUCUGGUGUGCUGGUUCACAGCCUUUCACGAAGGCUGGAAGUCCUUGAACACUCUGUGCAUUAUUUAGUAGACAAUAUGAUGACAAGACUAUCAGUUAUGGAGGCAAGGGUGGCGGCACUGAUGAGGAGGAUGGAUGGAUAUAAUGACUUGAACAGGAGUUGGUCACAACAGGUGUCACUGGAGUUUCCAGCUGUGUCUCCUGAUGCACCUGUUCUACCUUCACCGCCUCUACCAUCGAGGCAUAAAAAGAAGCAAGGAACCUUGACUUCAAGGAGAGUGAUACGUCGGUACCAAAGGCUUGUCAAGUCCAGUUGGGAUAACAAAUCUUUCAUAAAGCAUGUUAUCAAAAAGAUAAAGAAGAAAAGGCGACAAAGGAGUUGAAGGAUGCCUAAUGAGUAUUCCGCAAGCUAUAUAUUAUAUAGACAACAAUAUUUUUGCUUUAAUAGAAUGCAUUUGAGUUCAACUUUUGUUUGGGAUGCAUUUGAUGUCCGGAUUUUUCAUAAUGAACCCUUAUAUAUUAUUUGAUGUGUUCGUUUAGUAAGAAGUUGGCGAUAUCACACUUAGUACAUAGUAGCUUAUGGUUUCUUAUUGCCUUUUUUUCAUCUUCUGGUGAGACAUUUGCUUUUUAUCAAGACUAGCUCAUUCUGUUCUUUUCA